AUGCCAGCAUCCCUUCUUGUCUCAGGACCACCACCCAGGACUGUGAUCAAAGUUGAAGCAUGGGCAAAGCAAGAGAAUCCUGUUUUGGCACCAGUGAAGAGAUCCCUGAAAACCCCCUCUGAUCAGCCACUUCAUCUCCCCACUGUCUGUGCCCUGAGAGCUCUGGAAGUAGCUGCUGCUGCUGAAUCUUCAACUUUUACCAGAGCAAUAAGAGAAGAAAAGUUAAUACUGCUGAUGGCAACACCACACAGUCAGGAAACCAAGCAGAAGAGACUGGGCCUUUUGACUGGAUUUGCUUUCCUUAUAGGAGUUGGUUUGGGCCCUGCCCUGGACUUAUGUAUUGCCAUCCACCUUAGCAUCAUUCCCGUCUCCUUCCUUGGCACAGCAAUGAUUCUCAGCUGCUUCACCUUGAAUGCACUCUAUGAUAGGCAUCACACCUACCUCUUCCUAGGAGGUAUUUUGAUGUCAGUCAUGAGCCUGAUGCUGUUUUCCUCCCUUGGAAACUUCUUCUUUGGAUCUUUUUGACUUUUCCAGGCAAAUCUGUACGUGUGACUGGUGGUCAUGUGUGGCAUUGUCCUUUUUAAUACUCAAUUCAUAACUGAAAAAGCUGAGAAUGGAGAUAAGGAUUACAACUGGUACUGUGUUGACCUCUUCCUGAAGUUUGUCACCCUCUUCUGGAAACUCAUGAUGAUCCUAGCAAUGAACAAAAAGGACAAGAAGAAAAAGAAGAUGUAA